GGCACAUGGCGGCCCUUUUUUCGCCACCGCGACGUUAAGUAACAGCGUCGAUGCGAAAUUCCGUCUACCAAAAACAACGAAUGUUCGCAGGUAUAUAAACGCCUACGAUCGUAUGUCCAAGUAUCACUCGAUCACGAUCCCGUGGACACUGGCAUUAUGGUAACGAAGGUCGUUUUAGUUUCCUUGGUCGCCCUCGCGGCAGUGCAGAGCGGAUCGGCAGGACACGCUCACAGCUUCGCCCAUUUCCAUGGUCCCGUGGAAGGGCCACACCACGAAGUCUCCUGGCACGGACAUCAUGGACAUCACGUUGACUACGUGGCUCACCCCAAGUACGACUUCUCCUACGGAGUCGAGGAUCAUCACACCGGCGACUACCACGGUCAGAAGGAGCACAGGGAUGGCAAGAACGUGGUCGGUGAAUACUCCCUCAAAGAACCAGGUGGCAACGUCAGGGUGGUUAAAUACCAUGCCGACCCCCAUGGAGGAUUUUUCGCUCACGUACACAAUUCCAACGGUAACAAUCACGAGGGUGGUACAUACGGAGGACACGGAGAACACGGAUAUGGACAUUACUAA